AUGAAAAAAAAAAUUGAAAAUAAUGAAAAUGGAUUACUCAAGAAACUUUUUUGUCAAAAAUUAACAAAAAAUGAAAUGGAUGAUGUUUUUUUUUAUUAUAAACAAAUUAUAGGUAUCAUAGCUGGUGUAAUAUGUGGAAUAUUACAUAUUAAAGGAUUAUGGGGAUUUUUAUUUUUUUUUAUUUUACAAUUUCUGACUUCUUUUGCAUUGUAUAACAAAAAAAUACAUGAAAAUUACUUUCUUGAUAACUUUAGUAUUGCAACAAGCAAUAUUUUUAUUGCACUCUCUGCAUUUCUGGUAUCAUGGAUAACUAUUAACACAUUACUCAUUUAA